AAUUUGCCCGGACGCUCAGUCAGUCAGAGGCAGGCGGACCGUGAGCCACCACUUUAGACCACUUCAGCACUCCUGCUUCACUUUUAACCCGGGUCUGCCUAAAAAAACAUCAACACCAGCAAACAUGGAAAACGUGUAUGAGACGGUGGAUGAAGCACGUAUUGAUCGAUCUGGCAGCCCGGUCAGUGAGUCCAUAUUAGAGAACUCAGGUGAGAACUCAGGUGAGGCCAAGGAGCAGCUGUACAGCGAGGCUCACGCCUGCGCGGAGGUAGAGCGCGGCUCGCCGGACUACAUGGACACCAGGGACGAGGACAAACACAGCAGCUCGUCCUCUUCUUCCAGCGAGGACGAGGAGGAGAAAGCAGAGGAGGCAGAAGAAGUUAAAGCAGAGGUGGUUGAUGAGGUGAAAGCAGAGGUAGAGCCGGAGCCAGAACCUGAGCCAGUGGUGGAGGUGGAGGUGAACGGAGAGGUGCACGACGGAUCCAGGCGCUCCUCUGCCUCAUCAUCAUCCUCUUCCUCCGCCGGAGAGCCAUGUGACGACUCACCGAUACAGACAGAGGAUAAAGUGGAGGAAACUGUCGACCUCAGCCUGAAAACUCUGGAAAAUGUGACUCUGGAUGAGAGCAGCGCUGCUCCUGCUGACCCCAGCCAGCCUGACAUCUCCCUGUUCGUCAAGGCGGGUAACGAUGGAGAGAGCAUCGGUAACUGUCCCUUCUCUCAGCGUCUCUUCAUGAUCCUCUGGCUUAAAGGAGUCGUGUUCAACGUCACAACCGUUGACCUCAAAAGAAAGCCAGCAGAUCUGCACAACCUGGCCCCGGGGACACACCCGCCUUUCCUGACCUUCAACGGAGAGGUCAAGACCGAUAUCAACAAGAUCGAGGAGUUCCUGGAGGAAAUGCUCUGUCCUCCAAAGUAUCCCAAACUGGCCGCCAAGCAGAGAGAGUCGAACACAGCUGGAAACGACAUCUUCGCCAAGUUCUCAGCCUACAUCAAGAACACCAAACCAGAGGCCAACGCUGUCCUGGAGAAAGGUUUGACCAAAGCUCUGAGCAAGCUGGACGACUACCUGAACAGUCCUCUGACUGAUGAGAUUGAUGCAGACAGCAUGGAGGAGGAAAAGGGGUCAAACCGGUGCUUCCUGGAUGGAAACGAGCUGACUCUGGCCGACUGUAACCUGCUGCCUAAACUGCACAUAGUCAAGGUUGUUGCUAAGAAGUACCGCAACUUCGACAUCCCGUCAAACAUGACGGGCGUGUGGCGGUAUCUCAAGAGCGCCUACACACGUGAUGAAUUCACCAACACCUGUGCUGCUGACGCCGAGAUCGAGAUGGCCUACAAAGAUGUGGCAAGGAGACUGGCCAAGUAACUCGCCAAUUUACCUGAGCUAAAAAAAACAAAACAGGAACAACAACACCAAAAAAAACAUCACUUCAAAGAAAAACAUGUGACUGUCCUUUUGAGUCUUCUUCGUCUUUAGGGGCAUUUUCAGACACUUUCAAGAAUGUGUUGUCCGUCAUAGUCAGGUCAGAUGUUUAAUUCACAGCUUUAAAGCAGAUUCAACUUAUACUCACAGAUGAUUGUGUCCGUCUAUAUUUAUUCCUCCUUACACAAAGCUCUCUUUCAUACACACACUGCUCCACACAGCCAAACAUUUACUAGCUGCUGAUGUCAGGGCGGUUCACUUUAUUUAUUCCUGAGCCCACAGAAGUCUAGUCUGCCGCUAAGCUUCGGCUCCUAGGAGACACCUCGCUUCAUCUAUGAUUGAUGAUUUACAGUAAUUGUUUGCUCUUUUUAGUACUGUUUAAAUCUGCACAUUCAUUAUGAUUGUCAUUCAUUACCGUUGAUGUUGCUGUAGUCAUUUUGUUUCCUUGAGCCUCUACAUUUCUUGGGUUUCACUCCUGCUUCUUAAAGAUUGAUUUGAUGAACUAUUGAUUUUAAAUGACUUUAGAUUCUUGGUAAUGUGAGUUUAAAAGAACAAAAAGGCAUUAAUAGUUUAGAAGAACGCUUGCAUCUGAGUUGUUUGCAUCCAUAAAUCUGCUUUAAAUUUCGAUAUUUAAAGCUGAUAUUGGAGCCACUUUUUAAAAUAUGAGAAAAAGCCUCAACUAUGUGCCUUUAUUUAGAAGAGUCUUAAGUCCAUGCCAAUGCCACUGAUGGAUUCAUUCUGAAAAAUGUAUUGCAGCCAGAGCCGAGCCAUUUGUUCUGCCUCUAGCUAUUAGUGUUCAGUCGAGGUAUUGAUUUUGUCUUGAGUUACACAUGAUAUUAUGAAUGGAGAGAGUAUUUAUUUAGCAGCCCCAAUCAGGCCUGAUUAGGCAGAUCCAUUAGCGCUGCGAUGAAAAGCGUCUUCCAGGCCAGGUCCACAAUGGUCAGAAACCCUGCCCUCCAGCCCUUCAUCAAAGAGACAUUUCCUCCGCUCUGAGGAGUCCUUAACAUUCACAGCCUAAAGUUCGAGUCCAAAAGUUUCAUUGUCCGCGCGAGAGGAGGAUGGAAAUGAGUCUCGGGGCUUAUCGUCUUUGGCGUGGUGUCAGGCUGCAACUUUAGCGAGACUUCCUUGCAGAACCAUAAGGCUCUUGUGUGGUUUGGACAACAUGUGAUAUGAAAUUGGAGCAUGAUGACUGAGAGCUUUGCUCAUUGCAAAGCUCUACAAAUAAAAUAAUAUUUUCACA